GCAUUGCUUUAUCCAUGUACUCUCUCCAAUAUUUAACAUUCUUCAAUUCUAAGUUGUUCCCUACUACUCACAAACCUUUAUCAACUCAUUCUUCUCUGGCUCUAAUUGGUUUUGGGCUUUGGCAAAUAUACAUGCUUUGCUGAAAUUUUUCUCUGAAUUUGGCAAACAUGGUAGUCUCUAAUUUUUUUGGCAUAUUAUUGGUGAUGGAGGUGAUGGUAUUCUGUGGUUUGAGGCUUGGAGUUCAUGGGUUGAGCAUGGAUUACUAUAUGAUGGAUUGCCCAAUUGCUGAAUUUAUUGUGAGGGAUUCAGUCACCAGCGCUUUGCAGUCCGACCCAACUCUUGCUGCAGGCCUCGUCCGGAUGCAUUUCCACGACUGUUUCAUACAGGGAUGUGAUGGAUCGGUUCUCCUUGAUUCCACGAAAGACAACACCGCAGAAAAGGAUUCCCCAGCGAAUCUGAGCCUGCGAGGGUACGAACUCGUAGAUGAUAUAAAGGAUGAACUUGAAAACCGAUGCCCUGGUGUGGUCUCCUGCGCUGAUAUCCUUGCAAUGGCGGCCAGGGAGGCUGUUUUUUGGGUUGGAGGUCCGUUCUAUCAAAUCCCAAAUGGACGAAAAGAUGGUAGAAGGUCUAAAAUCGAAGACACCUUUAACCUCCCUGCUCCAGCCCUCAAUAGCACGGAGCUCAUCAACUUGUUUGGGAAGCAUGGCUUCAAUGUUCAAGAAAUGGUGGCUUUAUCAGGGGCGCAUACAAUAGGAGUUGCGAGGUGCUCAUCAUUCAAAUCCCGGUUGAGUAACUUCGACUCCACUCAUGACACGGAUCCCAGCAUGAACUCCAACUUUGCCAGGGUCUUGUCCAAGACGUGUGCUGCCGGAGACAACGCCGAGCAGCCGCUGGAUCCCUCCAGAAACACAUUUGAUAACGCCUACUUCAUUGCGCUGCAGCGGCAAGCGGGGGUGCUGUUUUCCGACCAAUCCUUGUUCACCAGCGCUAGGACUAAGCGUAUAGUCAACGCCUACGCCAUGAACCAAGCCAUGUUUGCCAUGGAUUUCCAGCAGGCGAUGCUGAAGAUGGGGCUGCUUGAUGUCAAGGAAGGUUCCACCGGAGAAGUUAGAGAAAAUUGCCGGAAAAUUAACUGAUGGAUUCUUCUUUUUCUUCCCUUAUAAUCUAUAUAUAGAGAAAGAAGGAGACUUAGGAGUGAUGUGGAUGCACUCUGUAUGGAUUCUUGUAAGUUGUAACUCUUAUACGUAAGUAAAGAAGUAAUAAUAGGGGUUUGGGAUUUGAAAUGCCUUCUGUGUUUUUGGGGUUUAACAAAAAUUAUCAUGAUUUUUGUUUCGGUGGUUUUUCUUGCAAAGUUGUACAGUACCAAACUUCGAGUGAAGAACUUGAGAGACGGCAACAGGAGCAGAAUAUUCACGUAGCUUUCCAUGAAGUGAAGUGAGUUUAGCAGUAUCAUGGUCAGGCUGGAAAAAGAGUACAUAAACAAGGGAGGUCCAAUGUUCUCCAGUGUUUCGUGCUCGAUCUAGAUCGAGCUGCUUCUUGUGUCACCGGGCCCGGACGUACUUCUUCUAGUAGUCCUCCAAGUAAAGAAAAAAAAAAAAAUUGUAAUAACUUGAUCAUGAAUGAAGGAAUGAUU